AUGACCCCACCGAAGGCCCCACAUUUCGGUGGAUUGUGGGAGGCUGCCGUUAAGGUAGCGAAAAAACAUUUGUAUCGUCAGCUCGGCAAUGCAAAACUCUGCUUCGAGGACCUAUCAACCGUGCUGACCCAGAUUGAGAGUGCAAUGAAUUCACGUCCAUUGACACCGCUAACGGAGGAUCCCAAUGACUUGGCAGUCCUCACGUCAGCCAGUUUCCUUAUCGAAACAACGUUUCCUGCACUUCCCGAUACCGAUGUCAGCCACAUUCCGAUUAGCCGAUUGGAUCAUUACCAUGCCCUAAAGCACCGAGUUCAACAGUUCUGGCACCAGUGGAAGGCCGAAUAUUUGCAGGAACUACAGAAGGAGAACAAAACAGCCUGGUAG